AUGGAGUAUGUAGAAGCAAAAACAUUGUUCAUGAUCAAAGAUGAUUUGAACAUUGAAUACAAAAAAAAAGUUUUCAAAGAUAUUGCAGAGGCAAAAAGGUUACUGCACAAAAAUCAAUUGGUAUUUGGUGAUCUAAGAUCAACAAACAUUCUUGUAACUGACAUGGAAUCUUCAUCUCCUCAGGGGAUGUUGGUAGAUUUUGACUGGGGUGGAAAAGAAGGUGAAGCAUGGUAUCCAACUCUCCAGAAUACAAGAGAUAUUAUAUGGCCCAUAGGUGUGGGGCCUGACGAAUAUUUAAUGAUGGAGCAUGAUAAUGUUCUCUAUUCAUGGUUGGAGGUUGAAUAUGGAUCAUGUGAAUUGAAGGAUGUGUUGCAACCUGAACAAUAUGGCAAAAAAUGUGGUUUUCCUGUUGUUGAUUAUGCUG